AUGCUGGGGCUGGUUCUAUUGCUCCUACGGUCGCUUCGUACCGGAUCACCCUCUACCAUCUAUGGGUCGGAGAAUGACGAGUUCCUGUGCGCACAGACUCGCCCUAUCACCCCCUCCAAGCAUGGAGAGUUACUGAAGACUCUGGAUGGUGUUCAUGCGAAUCGAGAGUUCCAGCUGAAGGCUUACGAGUCCCUGGGAGGGGCUGUCAGGAUUCCAACUCAGACAUGGGACGACUACAGCCCUCCUGGAGAAGAUCCCCGUUGGGAGGUUCUCGAUCAACUGCACAGUUACCUUGCUGACCGAUUUCCUCUCAUACACGCGAAGUUGAACAAGACAUCCGUGAAUCAUUACGCUCUUGUAUACUCUUGGAAGGGGAAGGAUGAAUCCCUGAAGCCCGUCUUACUGACUGCGCAUCAAGAUGUCGUGCCCGUCGACCCGGUGACGAUCGACCAUUGGGUUCACCCCCCAUUUUCGGGGUAUUACGAUGGCGAGUGGAUAUGGGGCAGAGGCUCCUGUGAUGAUAAGUCAGGUCUCAUAGCCAGCCUGACUGCGGUCGAAACUUUGCUGGAGAAAGGCUUUGAGCCGACUAGGACAUUUGUGCUAGCAUACGGUAUCGACGAAGAGCGUGGCGGUAUCUACGGCGCAACUGCUAUCAGAGACCACUUACUAUCUGUCUACGGCCCUGAUUCGUUUUCUCUGCUCGUAGACGAGGGUGGUGGGUACGCCGAAGAGAAUGGGCUGAUCUGGUCUCAGCCUGCGGUAGCCGAAAAGGGUCAGUUGAACGUUCGCAUGGAGGUCAACACUCCAGGCGGGCAUUCCAGUAGACCUCCCGCGCACACCGGCAUUGGCAUCUUAGCAUCCCUAAUCACACGCCUCGAAGAUAACCCGCACGUACCACACCUCUACCGCGAUGGGGCGUACUACAAACAACUACAGUGCCACGCUGAGCAUGACUCGAAGCUCCCUGCGACCCUCCGGCGUAUGAUCAAGGAGUCAAGGGAGAGCGAUGCUGCCUUGAGGCAAUUAGAGGCGGAACUCGUGGCGUCGCUGCCGACGUUCAAAGCCAUAGCUGGCACUACUCAAGCUGUCGAUGUCAUAGAAGGCGGCGUCAAAGUCAAUGCGCUGCCGGAGCAGGCUCACGUCAUUGUUAACCAUCGGAUAGCUGACUAUAGUUCUGUCAAGGAAGUUCAAGACCGCUUUUCGGGCGUAAUCAAGCCAGUUGUGGAGAAAUUCAACCUCUCAUUGGACGCAUUCGGGACGUUAUACGGGGACGAGUCCAAUCCCGGUCACGUCCGAUUAUCGGAUGCCUUUGGCAAUGCUCUGAACCCUGCACCGGUCACCCCCACAAGCGGAGACGUCUAUGAGUUUAUGUCGGGAACCAUCCUGGCUACACUUGGACGCUCAUUCAGAGAACGAGAGUCGAAGACCAGAGCAGUCGUAGCUCCGGGCUUGUCACUUGAUACGAGACACUACUGGAACUUGACGCAGCACAUCUUCCGCUAUGGCCACCAAGAUGCGCGCGAUUCCUAUAACGGAGCGCACACCGUAAACGAAGCGAAGAGAGCCGAGGGGUUCCUGGAGAUGAUACGCUUCUUCAACCUCCUCAUCUUGAAUGCGGAUGAAUCAUCCUUGCUGUGA